AUGACGCGGAAGCGACACGAGGACCCUGUGGCACCUAGCAUCACGAUUUGCGUCCCACAUUCUCAGUCAGCUAGCUAUUCAACUAUAUUCGAAACUUCGCAUGCCGAGGCCGAUGCCUUGCAGAUUCGCUCUCUGUUCCUGCGCUGCGUGGAGGGCAUCAACGAGAUCCUGUCAGUGCCAACAGCACCGAGGAUUCUUUCGGAUAGCUUCUCCAUCCUAGGGGGACCCUUGGCAGAGCAGAUCUCGAAGGCGGCGACGGAUGUGAUCGCCGAACACUUCGACGAGUAUUGCACGGAGGAGCUCCAGCGCUUGCCUCCCAGCACCUUGGCGCAAAUCCUGCGGAGAGACGACAUCUCCGUUAUGCACGAGAACGAGAUCUUCGAUUUCGUGGCGGAUGCAGCGCAGAGCUUGACCUUCAGCGGACGGGCGGCCGAGGCGACGCAGCUCUGGCAGUCCAUCCGCUUCGGCGCCCUCUCCAACAGUUACAUGGUCCGGGCUGCCCAGGUCGAGACGAUCCCGCGCAUGACUCUCAUCUGGUCCAAGGUCCUAAAUCGCAACGGCAACCAGGCUCUGGAGAAGCUGAUGAACGAGCAGUGCCUCUCCGAGGGUUGGCCGAUCCCAGCUGCGCCGAAUCCCAGGAAGCCCUUCAAGGACAUGACUUGUGCCGUGAUGUACUCCGUCGACACUGAUGCUCGAAACGACCAAGAUGUCGAGCGAAACAUCACUGCCGCGACGCUGGUGGCCGAGGAGAUCGAGUUUCUCGGGGGCCGGGCCAUUCUGGAGAACAUUUUUGCAAGGCAACCGCCGCUGCGAGAAUGUGCGGAGGGAACCAUCAUCAACAUGGAGCAGAUCGACGUGGCCUUCGUCCUGGCACCGUGGACUCCCUCGGACAAGCGCAUCGCCCGUCUCAUCAACUUCGUUGACCAAGGCGGCGGGGCCGUGCUACUCUCUUUCAUCGGCGGCCUUAGCAAGGGCGUCUGGCGAGACUUGGAAUACGAGCCACUCAUCACCGGCAAGUCCCUCGACGGCCUCGGUCGCCCAUCAUCUGGCUCCGUAAGAGAGCUCAAGUCGCGGCUGGCAAAGGUGGCAGGAUGCGGGCCGCGCUUCCGGCAGCGCCUUUUGUGUGGCAGCCGGGAGCUUUGCGACGACGAAGAGCUCUCGGGGCCUGCGGAACUGCAGCUCGUGGUCUUGCCGCCAAGGCCUACAGGACCGGGGGAUGGGCUUGGUCUGCUGGAUGCCAUCAUCGAAGGUAACGCUGCGAGGGUGGAGGCUUUGCUCCGGGACUGCCACUCGCCCAGUGCCAUUUUGUACGCUGCGUCGGCCCGAGGGCAUUUGCAAAUGGUGCAACUGCUGCUGGAGGCGGGUGCGGACAAGGACGGUGAUGAUGGCUCCGUACAGCCUCCUUUGCAAGCAGCAUGUCGAUGGGGCAAGCUGGAGGUCGCGCGAUUUUUGGUGUCAGUGGGCGCUGACAAGGACAGACUUGCCAUCACGUUCACCGCGAUGUAUGGCAGCACACCCCUGAUGGAAGCUUCACGACGGGGUCACGUGGAUGUCGUCAAAUUUUUACUUGAGGCCCGCGCAGACAAAGAGAGGCGCAACACACGGGGCGAAACGGCCCUGCACUGGGCAUCUUCUGCAGGCCGAUCGGAAACUGUGUCUCUGCUGCUGGAGGCUGGGGCGGAUGUUCAUCAGACCACCGCUGCAGGUUCCACUCCUUUGCUCGAGGCGUGGCGUUUGGGCCACUUGGAUGCUGCAUGCCGCUUGAGAUGUGCCGGUGCAGACCUCGGUCGGGUGCCGCUCUUCCAGGUCGCAGACAACACGCCGUACGAGGACGUCUUUCUGUCCAGCUCGAACUUCUCCUGCCUUGACCGCGGGAGUUCCAAGCGAAGUCAGGACACCAUCACUCCGCCCAGGAUACUGUGCGGCGUCGACUCCAUCAACGGACGCCGGCGAAUCACCUCCACGCUGGUGGAAGGGGCCAAGGCCACGGGAUUCCUCGUGAUUUUUUGUGGGUAUAGGCGUCAGAGGAAUUUUGCCUCGCGCUGCCCCUGCCCUCUGAUUCCAUAG